GUGUGUCCGUCUGUCGGUGCGAUGUCGGCGGCUACAGCUUCUGUGGCAGACGUGUCCAGGACCGAGGGAACACGCAGAGAUGGAGGUCGACGCCAGAAUAACUCAGGUCAGGCCCAGGCCCAGUGCAGACCCAUGCCACUGCCUGCCCUGGGAACCCAGAAGAUCAUACAGGGCAAUGGCACCAAUGUGGGCACAGUCAUAUCGCUGCAUUGCCCGGCCAAACACCGACUGGUGGGGAGAGAGCUAACGUGUGUCAUGGACGUCAACAGCACCCACUGGGACGGAGAAAACUACUGUGCACCUCUGGCUCCCUACGAGGGCCAUGGUUUCCGUGUGGCCGUGAUGGCGUCCAUUGUGAGCUCGGCCAUUAUCCUCCUCAUGUCCAUGGCCUUCCUCACCUGCUGCUUGCUCGACUGCAUCAAGGAGGACAAAAGGAAAAAGCAGGAGACUGAGUCAGAAACGUGGCAAUGGGAGGAGCCGACUCAACACCAGGGGGACAACAGGUCUCACUACAGCCACAAAGGCAGGAACAACAACAACAACUCCCAGGAGAAGACGCUCUCUCUCUGGGACUCUCACAACCCAGCCGGGUGUGACAACAUGCAGGCCUGCAGAUGUCAUCAGGAGUACAGCUACGGACUCGUCUGCACAUAUGGCCACACUGCUCCGCUCGCUGCUCUGCCCGGGCACGGCUACGACCAGCCUCUUUUACCACGGAAUCCAGAACCUGUGCAGAUCUCCGGUCCACCCCAGUACCCUGGACCUCCUGCCGCCUCCUUUCAAACUGCGAGGCCUGGUGUGGUGUGGCAGUACGGGAGACAGGAAAGCAGCUCUGCACCUGCAGAGGAGAGCCACACUAGGAAUUUAAACCCUGCCAAAGACUUCUCCAUAAGGAUUAUAUCAGUGUGAGGACAUGUUGCACAGGAGGUGAAUGUCGUUUAAUGACCAAAUAUGUACAUCAGUGUUAUCAAUGAGGACUAUUGGAAGUGAUAACUCAACAUUUAUGUGUGAACUUCUACAGUGUGAUGGCUUUACAGGCUCAGACGAACGUGCCUUUUGUAAACUGUAAUGGCACACUGCCCUCUGUCUGACAAGAGAGGUCAGUGCACCUCCAGGACACCAGCCUUGUUGGAAGACACGCCCUGUAAUUAGAAGCUUCUUGACCUCGAUCGACCUUAAAUGAAAUGGUUGCGAUGAGGUUUGCGUUUGAGGUGUUUAUGGGGACAUGUAGUUCACAACACACUGAAAGCGGGUGAGGAGGUUCUCUGAAAAAUGUCCCUUUUCCCUGCAGGAGGAGAGCAGUUGGAAGGCACUGGACACUGUUUGUAAAUAUAAAUUUCUCAAGGAAUGUCAAUCAAUUAAAGACAAUCUGUUGCAAUGCAAAGAGAGCAGUCAUGUUUCUUCUGAUGAGGCACGGAUGCAAACUCACAAGUCGACUUGAUGCAGCGGCUGCAGUGCAGUGGUUUCCACUGGUCUGUGUA